AUGGGCUUCCUUGGAGUCUUGGAGGACAAGCACCUCCAGCAUGUCCCAGCGACCGUCGUCCUGGCCGAAGAGGAAAGCCAAAGAACAGAGGCCACCGCAGGCUUGAAGCACGGUACGGGCAAAGAUGCGGACAUUGUCUUGAUACCACAGCCCUCCGAGGAUCCUAACGAUCCACUCAACUGGUCCACCGCAAAGAAGUUUGGCAUUAUGGCCGUCAUAUCCUAUGGUUCCAUUCUUUACGCCGCCGUGCUCGCCCCUCUUCUUUCGCCCGCACUGGUCACGAUUGCUGUCGACUUCAACGUCGCUGUUGCAGAUGUCACAGUCAUUUCGGGCUACAUGCUUUUAGUGACGGCAGCUUCGGGACCUUUUGUGUCCGCCUUUUCGCGAAAAUGGGGGAAGAGGCCUCUGCUUAUCGCCUCAAGCCUUUUCGGCUUGCUAGGGACCAUCGUCGGUAGCGCUACCUACAGCUACAACGGACUCUUGGCUGCCCGUAUCGUCCAGGGCUUCUCAAUUUCCGCCUUCGAAUCUCUUGUCGUGUCAAUCAUCGGCGAUCUGUUCUACGUGCACCAGCGUGGGGUCUGGGUCACAUUGGUACAAUUCAUCUUGGGCGCCGCAUCCAACUUCUCUGCCAUCAUCGUGGGGCCUAUCACAACGAAUCUAGGGUGGCGCUAUCUCUUCCACAUUUUGAUCGCCUUUACCGCGCUCGAGUCCGUCCUGCUCGUUCUCUUUGUGCCCGAGACGGCCUACAUCCGCGACCGCCGCUACGAGAUUGAUGAGCUAGCUGUCGAUAAUCUCUCUGAGCUUGCAGCAAUCGAGCGUCGUCAUGCUGGCGAUGACAAGGAGAAAGGAUCUGAUAACGAUAUGGUCCGUGUCGAAACCACCACAUCUACACCGCCCGCGUUCCGUCCGAAGAAGACAUUCGUCCAAGAACUCUCUGUGUUCAAUGGUACCUUCUCUGACGAUAACCUUUUCCAGCUCAUUCUCGCGCCCUUCGCUGUGUGCACAAACCUCGCCAUCCUCUGGAUCGUCAUCGUGACAGGCGGUCUAACCGCCUUCUUCGUCGCACAAUCAUACGACAUGGCACAGAUCUUCAUGGCACCUCCUUACCUUCUCGACGCCGCCGGGGUCGGCUACCUGUCCAUCGGUCCCUUCCUCGGAGGUUUGCUCGGCGCCAUAUUUCUAGGUGUAACUCUAGAUCCCCUGAUCAAAUGGUGCGCAAAAAAGAACGGCGGCAUCUACGAGCCAGAGUAUCGUCUGCUUGGCAUGAUCCCCGGCCUGCUCACUGGCGUCGGCCUCAUGGUCUUCGGCUACAUGGCUGAGAAGCACUACUCGUACUACGCGACUGCCACGUUUCACGGCAUGGAUUUGUUCGGCAUAUGCUGCGCAGCCAUCGCCACUUCGGCGUACGCCAUUGACGCAUAUCGUGACAUGUCGUCUGAGAUCUUCAUCGCAGGCAUGGUUUUCAAGAAUUUUGUUUUCUACGGUUUCAGUUAUUUCGUCAACGACUGGACUGCGUCGGACGGCCCAGCCAAAGUGUUUUAUGUUUUCGGAGGUGUGAGCUUUGCUAUGGUGGGGACGGCACCGGUCUUCUUUUUCUGGGGGAAGAGGUAUAGGAGCUUUUGGCACAGGCAUAACUUGCUGGAGAAGUGGGGAAUCAGGACACACGCGGAGUUGUGA